UUUUUAUUUAUCUUGAAUUUAUAAUCUUGUAUCAGACGGCUAGACAGGUAUACAAAUAUAUAAAUAAUUUAUUAUAUAUAAUUAAAUUUAAAAAAAUGAAAUAUGUCUGAGGGAUUUAUACAUUCGGUAAAAGUUCCACGGCUUUAUAAAACGGCCUCUAGUACCGUUAAAAAAAUAGUUGAACACAAAGCCAGUUUGAAAGAAUUAGUUUAUGAACGAAAACACCCGAAUGUAAAAGCACUUUAUGCUCUCGCUGCAACGACAUUGCAACAUUCGUCUCAAUUAACUCAAUUACUUGAAAAAACUCAAUUACUGAAAAAAGAACCACGAUUGGAUCAAUGGCUAGCACGUGUCCUAAUAACCGAACUAAUAUGGGGGAAACAAGUCUUACAGUCCGAUGCAAAACCAAUUUUGACAAUUAAAAAUUACGAAAAUCAGUUACGAGAUGAAUUAAAAAACACUACCGAUAUUAAAAAACCAUUCAAGAGAGUGGGUAAGCCACGUUAUGUACGAGUUAAUACGCUCGUAAUGACAGUGGAUGACGCAAUAAGAGAAUUUAUAAAUGAUGGGUUUACUUUAUUACCGAAAAGUAAAAACUAUCAGUCAUAUCUCGAGACACUGGAAAAUUUAAGCGGUUACUCGUUUAUUCAAGAUUUUCAUUUACGCGAAUUAUUUGCAUUUGCUGCUGGUACCCAUUUUUAUGAUCAUGAUGGAUAUAAAUCUGGCGCCAUUGUCCUUCAGGAUAAGGCAAGUUGUUUACCAGCUCAUUUAUUAAAUCCACCAACUGGGUCAGUUGUUUUAGACAUGUGCGCAGCACCUGGUAUGAAGACAACUCAUUUGGCAGCGAUCAUGCAAAAUGAAGGGAAAAUUUAUUCCGUUGAAAGAAAUGAGCGAAGAUAUCAAGUACUUUGUGACUUGAUACAAUCAUCCGGUGCCAAUAUUGUGACGACAAUAAAUGCCGACUCAUUGACAAUCGACUCAACAAAAUAUCCUGAUAUCGAAUAUAUUCUAGUAGAUCCCAGUUGCUCUGGUUCGGGUAUGGACCGUCCAGAACUUGAUGAAUCUGCUGGUAUAUGCGAGCCAUCGCGUCUAAAAAGUUUGCAAUCAUUCCAAGUAUUUUUAUUGCGUCACGCGUUAUCAAAUUUUCCGUCAGUUAAACGGAUUAUUUAUAGCACGUGUUCAAUUUAUGCUGAAGAAAAUGAAAUGGUUAUCGAUGAGAUUUUAAAUGACAUUGGCGAUGCCUAUAAAUUGGUUCCGGUUAAAAAAUUAUUGAACAAUGAAUGGAUUAAUUACAGUUCUGUUGAGUUCAAUUGCAAAGACAAUUGUUUGUAUGCAAGACAAGAUGUUGAUUAUUGCAAUGGAUUUUUUGUUGCUGUCUUUGAACGUAAUUUCGAUGUUCCGCUUCCGGAUUUCAAAAAAUUCAAGAGUGGAUUAAAAGGUGAGCGGGUGGAUAAUGACAGUGAUGAUAAAAAGUUUGAUAAUAGAGACAAGAAGAAGCGAAAAAAUAAAAGGAAAUUUGAAAAUUGUGAGGGAGAGACCGAGGAACAAGAGAAAGAAUUUAAAAUUAAUGAGACUGGAGAGAAGAAGAAAAAGAAGAAGAAGAAAUCGUUGGAUAAAGAUGAAAAAUUGGAGGUGAAGAAUGAGGUUGGAGAUGAAGAAAAUUGUGAAAAGAAGAAGAAGAAAUUAUUGAGUGAAGAGGCAAAAGAAAAGGCUGAAAUUAAUGGAGAAGAAAAUAAUGAAGAAAUCGGUGGAAAGAAAAAGAAGAAAAGAAAAAAUGAAGAGAUAGAAAUUAAAGAGGCGGAAGAAAAGUAUGAAAUUAAUGGAAAAGAAAAUAAUGAAGAAAUUGGUGGAAAGAAGAAGAAGAAAAGAAAAAAUGAAAAGACGGAAAUUAAAGAGACUGAAGAAAAGUAUGAAAUGAAUGGAGAAGAAAAUAAUGAAGAAAUCGGUGGUAAGAAAAAGAAGAAGAAAAAAAAUAAAGAGACGGAAAUUAAUAAUGAAGUUGGUAACGAUAUAGUUAUCAAGAAGAAAAAAAAAGAAAAUUAAGUUAUAAAUAAUUGUAAUAUUUGACAAAUGAUUUUGUAAAUAAUAAAGACAAUAAAAAAAAUG